GUGAGGUAUCCACUGCAGCUGUGAAUGUAACAUUAACCAACAUACUUCAAACUCUUGCAUCCGAGCAAACCAACAAGACAGUCAUUGUUGGACCAGAGAGGAUGUAAGUAGAUGGGAGUGGGGUUGAGAAAACAUAGAAUAAAUAAGGAGACAGCAGAAGAAAGUCUCACAACAUCACUAUACCAGUUUUUAUCUCCACAAUUUCUUUUUUAUUAUAUCUUUCAUUCAUAUCAUUUUAAAACAUCCAUUUUUUUAUUCAUAGCAAUUACAAAACAUUAUUCUUAAAGAUCCUUAUAAACAUUUUGGAAGAGUGGAUUUGCAAUGGCAAAACUUAUAGUUGAAAUGGAAUGACUUAAGUCCGUAUUUUAUUGCGCAUAUGUGUACAUUAAAUCCUAUAUACAUUUUUUUUGAAACAGGGAUAAAACCUCACUGGCCUUUCAAGCAGCUGUCAGUGCUGCAGCAGCAGGAGCUAAAGUUGCAUACAUAUGUACUCAUCCAUUCAAGAGGUUGCCAGCACAAAUUCAUGGAAUGAGAGUGCCAGAGUCAGCAAUUAUGAAUAAUGUGGAUUUCUUGUAAGAUGUCCAUUAUUUUACUAGAAAUAUUGUUAUAGUGACACAAGGUGGACGUUCUAAAAAAAUUGAUUACACAUGCUCAUUUAUUAUGGUACUAUGACUCAACGUAAGAAUAUUUUUAGUAUCUUCACAAUUAAUUAAACUCAUCCUCAGAUAUCUGGAGGAAACAAGGGAACUUUUAGCUUGGUUUGCCUCUAUCCACACUAAGUCAAAUUUACCAAGUUACAUUGUAAUUGAAGACCUGCUUACAUAUGCCACUCAGAUGAAUGUAAGUAAUAAUGUAUAUCAUUAGCCUACUCAUACACCUAAAGUCCAAUUUUUUAUCUUUUCUUACCUAAAAUCGUGAAAUAUUUUAAGGACUUUUCAAAAGCUUCAUGAUAUAUUUCAGGACACAAAUGUUGAAAAGAGCUUAGCAAAGAUUUGUGCAACUAUCGCUGAUGCUGUGGCUUGGAUUUCAUCUCACAAGUAACGACUUUGUCUCCAUUUUCAAAUACAUCUUAUUGCCUUCAGAACUGUAGCUUUUUUUUUAAUGUAUAUCUUCUUUUUAAUCAAUGCAAUUGUUAUGAAGGAAUAUUCCUAUUCCUUCAUAACAACGUAUACCAAUACAAAAAAUACACCAAAGAGAAAAAAAUCAAUAAAACAAUGCAUAUUAACUUACAAUGCCAUAAAAUACGCUUUGUAUGAUUAAAUGUAUUUUAGUAUUUUUAGGGCAUUUUGAGAUACAUAUACUUCUUGAAUAGAAGAAUUAAAGUAACUUAUGGUCUCAAGUAAGUAUGAAAUGUUCAUCUUCUUGUUUAACCACAAGUUCUCAACGUAUGCUAAAUUCCUAAUAUCCAGUAAAAACAGAUAUACCAAGGGUAGAGGAAACCCUAACAAAGGACAACACAAAAAAUCAGAUGUUUCGGUAAAAAAGCCUUUGACAGGAAAGAAACACAGAGACACUCUUUCCUGUCAACCACAUAAAUGUACAACCAGCUACUUCUGAUUGUUUCAACCUGCACUCAUUUUUCUCCCUAUAUUUCUCUUAUAUCUAGUACCUUAAUUGCCAAAGUACCUAAUGCCAUAAAAUUCUUUCUGUCCACAGUGAAGUCAAAAGGUGUCAGGUGCUUAUGACAGCACCAACAAGAAUCACGUCCCUUUACCCCAUCUUAUCCAAAUUUCAUUAUAGGACCGCCUCUUAUCAAGGUUUGUAUAAGCCAAUAGAAAAUACAUGCUUUUCAUCUCCCUCACAUGAUCAUUUCUCAUUUCUUCCCAUCUGAAUGUUUUGUAUCCAUUUUAAAAAUUAUAUCUCUUGUGUUAAUAUUUUUGCAUUUUGAGAUUUUUGUUUUCAUUUCUAAUAUUUCAUUCACUGUUAGUAAUCAGGGAUAUGUCUUUAAAUUACUUUUCUUGCUCUUUAGCUUGAUGAGAGCGAACAGUUGUAAAUAGGAUGCAAGAGAGAAUACUAAAUGUUUUAAUUAUUUAUUUUUUUUGUUGGGUGAGGGAAUUUUUAAGAGGGAGCCUCAAAAUUAAACUUGAAAUUGUGUGCAAAGGGUUUGUAUUUACAUCUUCGUUCCUUCAACACUUCCUUAAAUAGCUUUUUUAUUUGGUUUGGCAACUAAUUUGAGCAUUAUUUAAGACCUUCCAAUUAUCUCCCCUGUUACAUAGGAUAGAACCUCACUGCAACUUGGUAUUCUGCAACUUUAAAUUGCAUCAUUCAAAUUUUAUUAGGCUUGCUUUGACAUAUGUAGGUGUUUAAUAAGAACAUAUUAUUGCUAAGCAUUGCAGUUGUUUAUAUAAAAAAAUGAUUUCCCAAACACUCCAACAGCUGUUGUUAUCAAAUAGUUGCACAGCAUUUUAUUUUUAGGUAAUGUUUCAUUUUCAUUGGCUUCUGUUUGCAUCACAUUUUUACUUGAACUGUUGAGUGAAGUAAAACAAAUAGUUUUCUGUGAACAUAUUGUUCGCUUUUUGUUUACUUCAGGUUUAAGUUUUUAAAAAUAGAUAUUCUUCACUCCAGCAUGCUACAUACAUUAAACCUCACACCUGGAAACACAGGUGAGGGAAUUUUUAAGAGGGAGCCUCAAAAUUAAACUUGAAAUUGUGUGCAAAGGGUUUGUAUUUACAUCUUCGUUCCUUCAACACUUCCUUAAAUAGCUUUUUUAUUUGGUUUGGCAACUAAUUUGAGCAUUAUUUAAGACCUUCCAAUUAUCUCCCCUGUUACAUAGGAUAGAACCUCACUGCAACUUGGUAUUCUGCAACUUUAAAUUGCAUCAUUCAAAUUUUAUUAGGCUUGCUUUGACAUAUGUAGGUGUUUAAUAAGAACAUAUUAUUGCUAAGCAUUGCAGUUGUUUAUAUAAAAAAAUGAUUUCCCAAACACUCCAACAGCUGUUGUUAUCAAAUAGUUGCACAGCAUUUUAUUUUUAGGUAAUGUUUCAUUUUCAUUGGCUUCUGUUUGCAUCACAUUUUUACUUGAACUGUUGAGUGAAGUAAAACAAAUAGUUUUCUGUGAACAUAUUGUUCGCUUUUUGUUUACUUCAGGUUUAAGUUUUUAAAAAUAGAUAUUCUUCACUCCAGCAUGCUACAUACAUUAAACCUCACACCUGGAAACACAGAAGAAAGGUUUGAAUUUGUAUAGCAGAUUAGGAUAUGCAGCAUCAUAAACCAUAUUUUUAAAAUGGUCCCUCCAUGUUGUUUAUUUUAACCAUAAUAUUCUUAAAGUAUAUUUAUCUCUCUACCCAUCUACUGUUAAUCUGUCAAGAAAUUAUGUAUUCUUGUACAUCUUGAACAAACAUCGAUUCACUGAACUCUUUUUACUUUUAUGAAUGAACUGUAAUAAUACUUGUUAAAACUAAACUUUCAGGCCCUGGCGAGGAUGCACCUUUUUCACAGUUGCAUUAUGAAAGUGAUGAUGCUUCUAUCACUGUCAAAUUUCAUCGUCAGAAUGACUGUCUUAUGAUGACAGAUGUCAGUGCCUCUAAACAGUUACCAGUCUACUCUUAAAUUCAUAUAAUGAAGCAUAUCUUGAAUCAUGCUUCAAAAGCUUUGUGUAUGUUGAAAA